AUGCUCGCCGCCUACGUCGAUCCUCCAGCUCACGAGCUGAGGGUUGGGCAGGUAGUCGUCUACGACUAUCUCCACGCUGCCAAGACUUGGCAGUGGACGCUGGGUACGGUGCGUGAGAUUACGGAUUACACCGCCGUCGUGCAGCAGUGGGGCCCUCACACCGGCGACAGUGACACACUGCGCUCCAUUCUCCUCAGAGAGGUCGACACGGAAAAUGGACGCAUGAAGAGCUAUCAGGAUAUGCUGGCCCUCGCACGAGAGAAGCUUGCGUCCAUCCGCCGUAGCAACGAGGAUCGUGUUUCACGCGUUCGCGGUCACUUCGACAAGGCUCGUGAAGAGCUAGAGCGCAUUGAUGAAGUGGAUCUGCGCAAGGUCACGGCCCAGGCCGCCCCGUCCCCAGUUGCGGUCGCAGUCCUGAAGGCGGUGUGGGCCGUGGCCAAGUGUGAUCCCACGGCGGUCGAGUUCUACGAGUGGGCGGAUGUGCAACUGGAGUACCGGAGGAGAGCCGCUCUCGACGAGAUCGCGAAGAUGGACGUCCUCGCGAAGCUCUACCCUUCGGCGGAAAGCCUGCAGCAGUCCCUGGAGCACGGCCCCAAGCUGAACUACAAGGCGGCGGCGCGCGACUCACCAGUGGUGGCCAGCCUCCAUGCGUGGGCCACCACGGCUCUUGCCUACCAGCAGGCGUACAGCCUCCUGGCUCACGACAAGCGCAUCCAAGAGCAGAACGACGCCAUCGCAGCCGCCAUUGCCGGCAUGAAGGCUUGUCGCGCCAAGAUUGCCAAGCUCAAGGAGGAGCUGUCCUCAAAUGGCACGACUACACUCCCCGAACAGGUCACCUCCUUCACCAGGACGUCUGUCCUCGUGACAAUUCCGUUGUCUGCCGUCAUCUCUCCCGUCAGUGUGGACAGCAGGAUGAAGGAAUGUGUGCUGACUAAGGAUGAGGUCAAGCGGAUUCCUGUCGAUGCUAAGAUAACGCGAUACGAGCAGAAGCAAAAGCUGGCAAUCACCGCUUCUCACUUUCUUGACCAAUACGCUGCCGCCAUUUCUACGCGCAUAUACGCCACCGAGCUGGAGGAGCGACUCUUUUUGAUUCAGCACUAUCUAGUCUCGGCUUUACGUGAUGCCCAAGCAGAUGCAGUCGAACAGAACCAGCGCCUCGCUGCUAGCCUCCAAGAGCUAGAGGCGUUCCGCCAGAAGCGCCAUGAUGCCAAGAAGGCGCGCAUCACUGAGCCAGAACUUGUGGAUGCCGACAGCAUGGAGCCAAACCGCCGGCGCACCAGCAGUUGCGCAGCCCCCCGCGGCACUCCGUCACAGCACCCCAAUCGUUCUGAGGUGGCCCACCAGUCCAUCGACCCGGCUACCAUCGCCAAGGAGCCGCUGUACGCUGUUACCAUCGACGAGUACAAGGCCAAGGACACGGCUGGCCAGAGAGCUGCGGCCGAGGUGAACCGCAUGGUAGAUGAGGUGGAGUACAUGACAGACGAAGUGCAGCGACUCACCGCGGAGCUGGAGGACGCCAAGGCGCAGGCUGGCAGGCUGGCGGAGGAGCUUGUCGCAAAGGAUGAGGAGCUCAAGGCGUUCCGCCAGAAGCGCCAUGACGCCAAGAAGGCGCGUGCAAGCGACCCCGUCCUGGCCGCCGCCGACGCCGUCGCACCGUGUAGCGUACACGCUGCAUACGCCACGCCCAACAGCAGCAGAAAGGGGGCAGCACCGCCAUUCGUGGGCGCAGUGCCGCACCAGGCCUUCGACCCCAUCACCAUGCCCGUGUCCCCAGCUGUCGUGGCAGCGGAGCCACUCUACAUGGCCACGGCGGAGGAGUUGCAGCACGUGCGCGACGUUGCAGAUCAGCUCGCUGAGCAGGCAGUCCAGGGAGCAGCAGCGAGAGAAGCGGAGGUCUAUGAUGCCAUGAGCAAUCUGGAAGGUGAGUUGGAUGUGGCACGCGCGAGAAUUGCCCAGUUAGAAGACGUGGCUGUUGCUUUGAAAAUGCAAUUGUCGGGUGCUGAGGAGGCAGGCAAGAAGGUAACAGACGCUCUGGAGGUGGCCGAAAAGGAGCGUCAGCAGUUGUGUGACGAUCUGGAGGCGGCCUUGGACGAGCUUGAGCUGAAGAAGGAGGAAUAUGAUCAGCUGCUGGGCAACUUGGAAGAGGUUCAGGGUUUGCUGGAGGCCUCUAAUGUAGCUGAGCGAAACGCUCUGGAGGCGUUGGAGCAGCGUAACCGAAACAUGGUGGACUUGCAGGGGGAUUUGGCACAUGCGCAGGUCGUCAGCAAGGAAAACGAGAAUCUUCGCGCCCAGCUAGAAGCCAAGGAGAGAGAGAUCAAUAAGUUGAAAGAACACAACGAGUUGUGGACUGACCCUGUUGACACCAGAACGCAGAAGGUGACACACCGGUUCACGAAGAUCUUCGAAGGGGACUGGUGUCGUUUGGUGCGGAAGAGACCUGAGGCACUGAAGGCGGCGUUCCUGAUUGACUCCAGUAACGCAUGCCACGUGCCUGGAGACCAGAUUGGGUUUGUAGAUUUUGUCCACGAUUGGUAA